CGUUGAAAAAAAAAAAAAGUUGACCGAGUCGUGCUCAUCCGUCCUCCUCGACUUCUAUUAUUCCACGCUGCCCUUGCGCCGCUCACACGAGUCGCUGACCCUCCGACUGUGACCGGUUACCUCGAGCCGCCUCUCCCGCCACCACCGUUACCGCCGCUGCCGCUGAGAACCACACCAAGCAGGAACCAUGGAGGCCAUCAAGAAGAAGAUGCAGAUGCUGAAGCUGGACAAGGAGAAUGCUAUGGACCGAGCAGAACAGGCGGAGGUGGACAAGAAGGGAGCUGAGGACAAAUGCAAACAGCUCGAGGAGGAGCUGCUGGGUCUGCAGAAGAAGCUCAAAGGUGUGGAAGAUGAGCUGGACAAAUACUCCGAGUCACUCAAGGACGCCCAGGAGAAGCUGGAGCAGGCGGAGAAGAAAGCAACAGACGCCGAGGCAGAGGUGGCCUCUCUGAACAGACGUAUCCAGCUGGUAGAGGAGGAGUUGGACAGAGCUCAGGAGAGACUGGCCACGGCACUGCAGAAGUUGGAGGAGGCAGAGAAAGCUGCAGAUGAGAGUGAGAGAGGUAUGAAGGUCAUAGAGAACAGAGCGACAAAAGACGAGGAGAAGAUGGAGAUCCAGGAGAUGCAGCUGAAGGAGGCCAAACACAUUGCUGAGGAGGCCGAUCGUAAAUAUGAAGAGGUUGCACGUAAGCUGGUGAUCCUAGAGGGCGACCUGGAGCGUUCAGAGGAGCGAGCUGAGGUGGCUGAGGCACAUGGGAGGGAUCUGGAGGAGGAGCUUAAACUGAUGGACCAGAAUUUGAAGGCCAUGAUGUGUGGAGAGGAAGAGUAUUCACAGAAGGAAGACAAAUACGAAGAGGAAAUCAGAGUGCUUACUGAGAAACUGAAAGAGGCUGAGACCCGUGCAGAGUUUGCAGAAAGAUCUGUGGCCAAGCUGGAGAAGACCAUCGACGAUCUGGAAGACAAUCUGGCCCAGGCCAAGGAGGAGAACCUGGACAUGCACCAGGUGUUGGACCAAACUCUUCUGGAGCUCAACAAUCUCUAGAAAGAUUAGUGCAGUAGUUCAGCGAAAUACGUAAAUAUGGUGCUUACAAUUUAAAAAGGUUAAAGCGUUUUAAAAAAGUAAUGGUUUCACAUUCAAUUUAAAGCUUGCGGCACAAAGACAGAGUCAAUACAAAAAUGAACAGCAGUGACACUGGGUUUAAAAUAACAUUUGACACUACCAUCUGUUGUUGUGGUGGAGAAGUGAGUUCAGAAUCCCUUACAAAUGUGGGAUUAUGUUAUAUCAGAGUAAUAAUUUUGUUGUGAAAGUUGAUGCCAUGUAAAAAUGUCUCCUAAUGUUUCAAAUAGCACAGAUUCUCAUAACAACCAUUAUUUUUAUUGUAAAAUUCCAGUCCCCUGAGAUUUUUCUGUCUGGAAUUAUCUGUGGUGUACAAUUUCUAUUCUUAAUUUCAAAUGGAUUUUGAACAAUGAGCCCAUAAACUCAAAAUGUGUAUUGACUUUAUGUAUUGACGGAGAAAAGACUUCUUUCCCUGUAGAUUACCAUUCAUGAUUUUAGUCCAACAACAAAGGCUUGGUCACCUCUGCAACCAUCAUUUUAACAUAACUAACAAGCUAAAGUCUUCAAAUGGCUUUCAUUAUUUCCUGAUUGCUAGUAAAACACAAUGAUAUAAUAUUUUAUUUUUAGUUGUAAGUCAUGCAAUGUGCAAAGUUUUGGCUAAAUUUGAGUAAAUGCCAUGACUUAAGAUUUUUGCAGAUAGAAAACAUUCAUUUCAAUUUCAGUUUUAUUUUCUAACAAUAGAUUUUACUAUCACCGUAAUAUCAAUACCACAUGUGUCAUACUAAGAACUCUUGCCAUGCUUUAAAUGUGAGAUUACAGUGCAUCGUAAAUAGCAGACCUGUUGGAAGAUGAUGCAAAUCAAGUGCUGGGAGCUGAAACAAACAUUGACAAAAAGUGCCUUUCUGAGAUAAUAAAGAGUCAUUUCAUGAAACCUC